UUAUAUAUAAUUCAUCUGUUCCCAUUCAUAGCAUCAUUAUUAAUUUGUAGCCGAAAUCGUGUCGAUUUUAUCUGCUAAGAAUUUUCCACUACCCCAGGUCUAAGUGAGAAAAUAAGUCUCCAGUUCUACUUUUGAUUUUCACAACCAGACACAUUUUUUGAAUUUUCCAGUCUCACAUCAAAAAGAUACCAACAUGGAAGUCAGGCUCGAGUCGGGCUCGGAGCUCGUCAGACAGAAUCGUCUCCUCAGUUUUCUUCUCUCGAAGAAUGUGCCUCAUCUACCCACCGACGAAGAGAGAAAGAUAUAUCCAGAGGGAACUACCAACUUCUUCUACAGAUUCUUUUUCUGGUGGUUGAACCCGGUGAUGAGAACCGGAUACAAGAGAACAUUGGAACCCCAGGACUUGUUCAAGUUAUCGGACGAUAUCAAGAUCGAGAACAUGGCUAAUAGGUUCUACCAUUACUUUGAAAGAGACCUUGAAAGAGCCAGGACAAAGCAUGUGGAGAAAAAGUGCAAAGAAAGAGGCGAAACUUUAGCAACAACAAAGGUUGACCCAGAAGAAGAUUUAAAAGACUUUGAAUUGUCGAAAUUCACAACUGUUUUCGCAUUGUUCAAAACCUUCAAGUACCAGUAUUCUGCAGCUUGUGUCUUCUUGUGUAUGGCUAACAGUGCUUCUACUUGUAACCCAUUACUUCUCAAGAAGUUGAUCCAGUAUGUGGAAAGAAAAGCUUUGGGUGUAGAAGAAGGUAUUGGAAGAGGGUUGGGCUACUCUUUUGGAGCUUCGGCCAUAGUUUUCCUCAUUGGUGUCCUGAUUAACCAUUUCUUCUACAGAUCCAUGUUGACUGGAGCCCAGGCUAAGGCCGUUUUGACCAAGGCAUUAUUAGACAAGUCUUUCAGACUCAGCGCUGAAGCUAAACACAAGUAUCCUGUAGGAAAAAUCACAUCUAUGAUGGGUACAGACUUGGCGAGAAUUGAUUUUGCUAUUGGAUUUCAACCUUUCUUGAUUAUUUUCCCCAUCCCUAUCAUCAUUGCAGUAGCCAUCUUGAUCGUUAAUAUCGGAGUAUCUGCCCUUGUAGGUGUUGCCAUUCUUGCAUUCUUCUUUUGUGCCAUUGCUGUAUCAACGAGAAAGUUGUUUGCCUAUAGAUUCACAGCCAACAAGUUCACCGAUGCGAGAGUGGACUUCAUCAAGGAAGCAUUGAACAACUUGAAGAUCAUCAAGUUCUACUCGUGGGAACCUCCUUACCACGAGAAUAUCUCAGACAUCAGAAGGAAGGAAAUGAGAAUCAUCUAUAGAAUGCAAGUGUUGAGAAACAUCAUUACUGCCUUCUCAAUGUGUUUGACAUUGUUUGCUUCCAUGAUCUCCUUCUUGGUUUUGUAUGCUGUAGACAAGAAUAGAAAGGAUCCUGCUUCUAUUUUCUCGUCCAUCUCCUUGUUCAACGUGUUGACGCAGCAGGUGUUUUUGGUUCCUAUGGCUUUAUCUUCGGGUGCUGACGCCUAUCUUGGUAUCGGUAGAGUUGGUGAGUACUUGUCGAGUUCAGAAACCAACCUUGAAGAAACCAGGAUCCAUGCUGAUGGUGAGAAAUUGAUCGAAAUGGACAAAGAAAAUGUAGCCAUCGAAAUAGACGGUGCUCACUUUGAGUGGGACACUUUUGACGACGAUGAGGAAGAAGAUUUAGAUGACGAAGAUGAUAAGGAUAAGGCUGAAGAGGGCCAUGACGAGAAGCCAAAACAAGCUCUUUCAGCUAGCGCAAAGCAUCAUACUCACAAGGAAACAUUCCUCGAAAAGAAAGACUCGACAAAGACUUUUGUGCCUUUCCCCGGGUUGACCAAUAUUAACUUGACCAUUAACAAGAACGAGUUUGUAGUUGUGACUGGUUUGAUUGGUACUGGUAAGUCCUCGUUGUUAAACGCCAUGUCUGGGUUCAUGAGACGUACUUCUGGAUCUGUUAAUGUAGAUGGUGAGUUAUUGUUGUGUGGCUACCCCUGGGUUCAGAAUGCCACUGUUAGAGAUAACAUUGUUUUUGGAUCGGAAUGGGACGAAGAAAAAUAUAAUAACGUCAUCUAUGCCUGUUCUUUGGAAAGUGACUUGGAAAUCUUGCCUGCUGGAGAUCAGACCGAAAUCGGAGAAAGAGGUAUCACUUUGUCUGGAGGCCAGAAGGCCAGAAUCAACUUGGCCAGAGCUGUGUAUGCCGAAAGAGAUAUUAUCUUGAUGGACGAUGUCUUGUCUGCUGUAGAUGCAAGAGUAGGAAGACAUAUCAUGAACAACUGUAUUCUAGGCUUGUUGAAAGAUAAGACAAGAGUGUUGGCUACACAUCAAUUGUCUUUGAUUGGUUCUGCUGACAAGGUUGUUUAUUUGAAUGGUGAUGGAACUAUAGAUGUAGGCACCUUUGAAGAGUUGAAGGCUAGAAACAUUAGCUUUGCUAAUUUGAUGGCUUACAACAGUGAAGCCAAGGAAGAAGAGGAAGAAGAAGAAGUGGAGGAAGACGAAGAAGUGGUAGAAAACGAAAGAGAAAUGAUUCAACGUCAACUCUCCAAGGUAACCAAGCCAGAAGACGAAGAAGCCGAACACAAAGACUUCAACAAGAAUGAACAUCGUGACGGCCAUUUGACAGAACAGGAAGAAAGAGCAGUCAAUGGUAUCAACGCUGAAGUGUACCAACAGUACAUCAAGCUCGGUUCUGGUAAGUUUAGUCCCUGGCUCUUUUGCCCCUUGCUUGUUUCAUUGAUGAUCUUGUCUACCUUCUGUCAGUUAUUCACCAACACCUGGUUGUCGUUCUGGACUGAGUUCAAGUUCACUAACAAAUCCAAUGGUUUCUACAUCGGCUUCUACGUCAUGUUCACUGUGUUGAGUUUCAUCUUGUUGACCUGUGAAUUCGUCAUGCUUGUGUAUUUGACCAAUACUGCUUCUGUUCGUUUGAAUAUCAUGGCUAUCGAAAAGGUUUUGCAUGCCCCAAUGGCUUUCAUGGACACCACCCCCAUGGGAAGAAUUCUCAACAGAUUCACUAAGGAUACUGAUGUCUUGGAUAACGAAAUCGGUGACCAGUUGAGAUUCCUUGUGUUCGUUUUUGCCAAUAUUAUCGGUGUCUUGAUCUUGUGUGUUAUCUACUUACCUUGGUUUGCUAUUGCCAUUCCUUUCUUGGGUUUCUUGUUUGUUGCUGUGGCCAACUACUAUCAGGCGUCGGCUAGAGAAAUCAAGAGAUUAGAAGCUGUGCAAAGAUCAUUUGUUUACAACAACUUCAACGAAACCUUGAGUGGUAUGAACACCAUCAAGGCUUACAAUGCUGAAUACAGAUUCUUGGAGAAGAAUAAUGAAUUGAUCGACAAUAUGAACGAAGCUUAUUAUCUUACUAUUGCUAAUCAACGUUGGUUGGCCAUUCAUAUGGAUAUCAUUGCUACCAUUUUUGCCUUGUUGAUUGCUUUGCUCUGUGUCAACCGUGUGUUCAACAUCACUGCUGCCUCUGUAGGUUUGUUGUUGUCGUAUGUUUUCCAGAUUGCGGGUCAGUUGUCUAUGCUUAUUAGAACCUUCACCCAAGUUGAAAACGAAAUGAAUUCAGCUGAAAGACUUGCCAGUUACGCAUUUCAUUUACCUGAAGAAGCUCCUUAUCUCAUCAAUGAAAGAACCCCAGCUCCAAGCUGGCCAGACAAGGGUAUUGUCAAGUUUGAUAAUGCUUCGUUAGCGUACAGACCUGGUUUACCAUUGGUGUUGAAGAAUCUUUCCUUUGAAGUAAAGCCUUCGGAAAAGAUUGGUAUUUGUGGUAGAACUGGUGCUGGUAAGUCAUCUAUCAUGACUGCUUUGUACAGGUUAUCAGAAUUGGAAUCUGGUAAGAUCACCAUUGAUGACGUUGACAUUGCAAGUCUUGGGUUGAAGGAUUUGAGAUCUAAGUUGUCAAUUAUCCCCCAGGAUCCAGUGUUGUUCAGAGGCUCUAUCAGGAAGAACUUGGAUCCUUUCAAUGAAAGCUCGGAUAGUAAGUUGUGGGAUGCCUUGGUGAGAACUGGUUUGAUUGAUCCUUCUAGAUUAGAUAUAGUCAAGAAGCAAGUUAAGACACAGUCUACUGAAGAUGAAGAAGGGUCUAUUAUCCACAAGUUCCACUUGGAUCAGCAGGUUGAAGAUGAAGGUUCCAACUUCUCUUUGGGUGAAAGACAAUUGAUUGCCUUUGCCAGAGCUUUGGUGAGAGACUCCAAGAUUUUGAUUUUGGAUGAAGCCACUUCGUCCGUCGAUUACGAGACGGAUUUCAAGAUUCAAACCUCUAUCAUCAAGGAAUUCUCGCAAUGUACCAUCUUGUGUAUUGCGCACAGAUUGAAGACGAUUAUUAAUUACGAUAGAAUCUUGGUGUUGGACAAGGGAGAAAUCAAGGAGUUUGACACUCCAUGGAACUUGUUCAACAUUAGCAAUGGUAUUUUCCAGCAAAUGUGCCAGAAGUCUAAUAUUACGGAGGAAGACUUCGCCAACCUCAAAAAUUUCUAGUACAACAGCGUUUGUACGCUCAUAGCCUAAUAAAAUAAUAUAUAAAGAAGUAUUA